AUACUUAGCUUUAGCUCUAUAUUUUUUAUAUUAAUUAGAACGUUAGCCUUAAUAUUAAAUAUAAAUAAAAGGGCCCCGGCGGGCUUAUUAAUAAGCUUAAUAUUAACUAUAAUAAGGAGGCUACUAAAGGUAAAGCUAUUUAGAACUUUAAUAAUAGGGCCCGGGCUAAUAAGACCCUUAGCCUCGGUUAAUAACUUUAAGAGAUUUUUUAUAUACUUACUAGCUUUUAUUAACUAUAAACUUAUAUUAUAUAUACUAAUACUAAGGACGAUUUUAACGCUACUUAGGACCGCUUAUUAA